ACCGGUGACCCGCGGAGAAGUGCACAUCGUCGACGCAACGACGGUUGUUUUGUCAGACUGUGCGGCGGUUUUUUCGACACUAGAAACAUCGUGCAGUUAACCACGCUUAUCACGAGGCGCCUCCGCCGCUAUACACGGUGCGAGUUAGGUUAUAUUAGGACAAAUUAGUAGCGGAAGAUGAUGGAACUGGCGAGACGGAAAGAAGGUGGUGCUUGGUCCUCGGAUGGUGUGUGACGCCGGUCAUGACGACAUCGAGCCAAGUUGUUCGGAGUGCAUCAUCAUCGGAGGUGGCGUUGCAGUCCUGCGAAACACAUUCGUGCCUCAAGGAGAAGUCCACGUUGUAGUGGCCCUCUUACAUUGUUUUCGCUUGAUCAUCGCUCUCGCGUAUUGACUGGGGCAAAAAAAAAAAAUCCGAAGGCAUGGUUUAUACGCUACUACGUGCGCGAAUGGGAUUGUGGCUCCUGCUCAUGCUGGAAGAGCCCAAGAUAAUGUGUCCGGACUUCGAGUGCCCGUCGGAGCUCGGAUGUCGUGUUGUGCGUGAACGUUACACGGGUUGCCUUCACUGCGAUUGUGGCCACGUGAAUAGCGCCACGGGCGACAGUGAUCAGCGACAUAGGAAGCCUUUAACUGUAGACGAGCUCCUAGAAUGUCCUCGGUUACGCUGUCCCACUGAGCAUGGAUGCUACGUUCUCCAGAGGAGAGGGAAAUGCCCCUACUGCAAAUGCGCACUGGUAGGAAGCCUGUCGUGUCCUCCGAUCGGGAACUGCCCAGAGGAGUACGGAUGUCUGGUCAGGCAGAGGAGAGGAAAGUGCCCUUACUGCAAAUGCGGUUACAUGAAGCAAGGCCCUCGCAACGGGGGCUAGGGCGUACUCAAGACGCCGUCUCUGCGGCCCUGAAGACAAACAUGUGCACAGAAAACAAACUGCGGGAGACUUUCACUUGCUAUGAAUGUUGGAUCAUA